CAACACUUGAUCCUGUCUCUUACCUGUACUGCUGUCUCCGCCCACUGGGGGGCGGGGCUCGAGGGCGAGGCUGGUGGCUGUUCAGAAGCCUCGAGAGCCAUCAGUUCCUACCAGACUCUUGCUGGGGGUGCUGUCCACCCCAUGGCCGGGCGCAGGUCUUCAAACGUCUACCCCCUCCCAGGCAAUAGUGGUGGUGGCCUGGAAGGGCCAGUGCCCAUGCGAGUUGAUACCCCAACCUGGUUGAGCAGCCAAGCAGCCACAGGCAGGUUAAUGGUGCGGCCAGGUAUUGGACCAAGCAUCUGUCCAGGCCCUGAGGUGUGGGGAGUGCCUCUGGGUCCCUCACCUUAUGAAUUCCGAGGCGGGAUAGCACCCUACGGAGUGGGUGAGGCAAGGGCCUGGUCCCAGAGUUCCUCUGAGGAUGCCUGCCCCGGACGCUACAUCGCCCUGAGGUACAUGCCAAAUUUGGCACUGCCAGAGGACGUUUCAGCCAUACAGAAAGAGAUGGAGCAGCUGGCCAAGGAGCUGAGACAGAAGAGGAUGACCCUGGGGUACUCACAGGCCGAUGUGGGGUUUGCUGUAGGAGCUAUGUUUGGGAAGGUUCUCAGCCAGACGACCAUAUGCCGCUUCGAGGCCCAGCAGCUCAGCCUUGCCAACAUGUGGAAGCUGCGACCCCUGCUGAAAAUGUGGCUAGAGGAAGUAGAUGAGAAGAACCUUCUGGGCAUAUGCAGAAUGGAGAUGAUCCUGCAGCAGGCCCGGAAGCGGAGACGUGCUAGCAGAGAGAGACGCAUUGGGAGCAAUCUGGAGAAACUGUUCUUGCAGUGUCCGGAGCCCACGCCCCAGCAAAUCAGCUAUAUUGCUGGGCGCCUCCGGCUGCAGAAGGAUCUGGUCCAAGUGUGGUUUUCUAACCGGAGCCAGAUGGGCAGUUGGCCAAGCAGUGAUACCUCCCGGAGGGAGGAUGUGGGGGCAACGGGGUCUCCUUUCCCAGGGCCACCAGUGUGCUUUACGCUGGCACCGGGGCUCCAUUUUGAUUUUCCCCACUGUGGGGGAUCAUGUCUUACACCCCUGUACUCCUCUACCCCAUUUCCUGUGCGAGGAGCCCUGCUGUCGGCCCCAGCCACCACUCUGGGCCUCCCCAGGCUGUCAAGCUGAGGGGCUUACCCCGCAGGGGAAGAUCAGAGGAUAGAGAGAGAAGAGGGGCUUGUUUGGGGGUUUGGCCUUCAGUUCUCUGCCUAAAGAAUUUAGAGGUUGGAUCUACUACGGGAGGGUGGGAGGGAAGUUAGAGCUUCACUGGCUUCAUGUUGUUCUUACCUUUGUUUGUCCCUGGCGUUGGCAUUACAAUAUAUUUGUGGCUUCAACACUCGUUUCUCUUUUUUUAUUAUUAAAGAUGUGCCCAUUGUUACUUAUUGUUUCAGGAAUCACAAAGAGUUUACUUCUUUAAGAACACAGUAUAAAAUUAAAAAUGCAAGUCACAGAAAACUACUACACCAGCUUUUAUUACAAACAAACAGAACUUUGCACAAACCCAAAAUCCAGGAUGACCGUUACUCCCUGGGGAGGCCUAGAAAUGGAAUAGGAAGUAGCACGGAGGCCCUUUCAGACACAUGAGCUGCCUUGGAGACCCUUCCCCUCCACCUUUUCACUUCCAGCCAGUGGGGUGGGGCGCAUGCAAGGGUCAGUUCUCGGCCUUCUCCAGGUAUGUAUGCACUGCUCACCCUGACUAGUAGCGAAGUCAUUCUGAUCCAAACCUGAUGGCACCGCAGUCCUCAGCCCCAAUUCUCUCUUAACUCUAAGAGCUUCUUUUGGCUUCUUCCUUGGGAUAUCCCUUACUUUGUUUGAAGCUGUGACGUGCCUCCAGGGUCAUUCUUGUAGUGGUUCCCGAUGGUGUGAAUGGUGAUGGCCAGGGCACUGUUCUCCCUGCUGUCCACACUUGGCUCUACAGAACUGCUUCUCAACGGGCACUUACGCCCCCUUUCCAAUCUUUUCUCCAAAGCAGAUUUUUUUCAAGUUUUCCACUUUCAUUCUGAUCAAUUUCUAAUCUUCCUAUUCAGGGCUGGGGAUAGAGCACGCAGAGGCCCUGGGUUUGAUCCCAGCAUCAAAAAAAAAAAAAAAAAAAAAAAAAAAUCUUUUUGCCUUUUGAUUUUCUGGUGCAAACCUGCACAGGGUCUGUUAAAACUCCAUCACUGUGGUGUAACUGGGGUGAAGGCUUUCUGCUGAUUCGCCAGGUUCUGCCGCCAUGCCUUUUCCUCAUCAAUAUUCCAAAUGAUGUAGCCAGGGCAUUUUCAGAAAUCAUACUGUGUUACUUUUAUUUUGCACUUUGUUUUCUGAGUUAAUUUUGGUUUUUAGUCAUGGUCUUUUCAUGGUUUCUUCUGGUUCUUUUCAUUAUUUUUUCUAAUUUGUUUCUGAAGUGAUUACUUUUUUUAUGUGUUAUUUUCUUGUUUUGUUCUGUUUUCUGGUGCCUGUUUGAGAGGUGCCUUGGGGGAGUCAGAAGGAGAAGCUGGGGCGAACUACAUCCUGAUCUUGUUCCUGGAUCCCAUGACUGAUUUUAUCAGCACACAUGAGUCAGACAAACCUAAUGCCCCUAGUUAGUAAGUUCUUCCUCAUUAUAGAAGCUGAUAGUUCAGUAUUAACUAUUACGUCUGGUAAAAUUUGCUAUUGGAACCAUUUUUUGAGUGUAAAUUCAGUUUGUACAACUGAAUUAUAUUCAAAAUGUGCACCUCUACUGCCCUCCUACUCCAGUUCUGUGUCACAGUUCUGGAGUGUCAACUCUGUAGCCACUGUGCACUAACUCUUCCCUCCAGACCCAGCCACCUGCUCUGUGUCUCUGUGAGUUUGUGUACUCCAGAUAUGUAUAUUAGUAGAUCCAUAUAAUGUUCCCUAUGUCUGGCUUAUCUCAUUUGGCACGUUUUCAAGUCUUGUAUAUGUUGCAGUAUUUGUCAGAAUUCAUUCUAUUUUAUGACUGGACAAUAUUCCACUGCAUAAAUAUACUAUGAUUUGUGUGUCUGUCUACUUAGACUAAUAUUGCUGUGGAGAGUUGUACUAGAGACUCCAUUGAAUCUGUAUUUUCAAUUCUCUUGAGUAAAUACCUAAGAAUAAAAUUGCUGAGUCGGGUGGUUCUAUUAACUUACUUUCUUUUAAUAACAUUUUUAUUAACUCUUUGGGAAUUUCAUUCAAUGUAUUGUUCAAAUUCAUUCCCAGCCCCCAAUUCCUCCCAGAUCCACCCCCAUCUCUCUACCCACCCAACUUUGGUUUCUCUCAAUCGAUUGUUUUCUUAUCCCCAUCCAGUGCAGUCUAUGUUCCCAAAUUGUCUUGAGUCUGGGGCCUGCCCUGGAGUGUGGUCAACCUCCCUGAGGUCAUAUCACUAAAGAAACUGACUCUCCUUCUCCCAGCAGUGAGCACUGUUGAAUGCCAAUAGCCCAUCAGUUAGGGGUGGGACUCCAUGCCCACCUCUCCCCUCCAUGCUGGGAUUUUCUCUGGCUUGAGCUUGCAUGGGUCUUGUGCGUACUGUCACAACCACUGUACACUCACGUGCAAAUGCCCUGCUGAGUCCAGAGGAUACUGUCCUUGUAGUCAUCCACUGCCCUGACUCUCAGUCUUGCCCCCACACCCCCUCUUCCACAGGGACCCCUGAGCCUUUGGGGAGUGGGUAAAUAGAGCUGAGCCCUCUGCCGUCUCUUAUUCUCUGCAUGGUGGCCAGUUGUGGGUCCCUGUUAAUUGCCAAGCAUUGCAGGAUUAUUAACUUUUUGAGACACUGCCAAAGGUCUUCCUCAGCAGAUGUGCCAUUUUGAAUCCCCUCUAGGAACAUACAGGGUCCAGUUUUUCCGUAUUCCUGCCAACACUUGUUAUCCCCCUAUCA